ACGCAAUAAAAAUCACGCCAGAAGAUACAAGAAAGCAAAUUUCCCUUAAUCACCAACGCAAUCACCACCGCUAUCAAUCACAGAAAGAAAAAUGGCUUCUUUCGUGACUUGGUCGUCGGUAAGAAGAUGCGUAAAUGUUGGUUGGUUGGUUGGUUCCAGUCUUCUCUUUGACUCAAGUCUCAACCAGCACUGAGUAUUUUUAUCAGCGUCUUCGUUGGAAAACUCCAGAAAGCUCGAUCUUUGUGCCUGGAGUAAAUAAGCGGUGGAAAUGGAUGCUAAAGAAAACUUAGAACACAUUGCUUCAUUUGACAUGGAAAGUAAAGAGACAUGGGCUCAAGACUGGGAAACCGACAACCCUGAAUUUCACACUAACGAAGUGAACGCCAUGUUGACAAAACAUCAUGACGAAGUUACGCGUGGAAGAAAAAAUCUCCGAGUCCUGGUGCCUCUUUGUGGAAAGUCCUUGGACAUGAUCUGGUUAGCCGAUCAAGGACACUCAGUUGUAGGUGUUGAACUGAUCCGGAAGGGAAUCGAGUUAUUUUUUCGUGACAACAAGUUGACCUACAACGAGAAAUCCGUGUCAUUGUCUCCUGAGAAUCAAGGUACCGUUUUCAAAAACAAUGGAAAGAAUAUCACACUGUACGAGUGUAGUAUCUUCGAUUUCUCGGCCAAGAUAGCUGGAGGUAAAUUUGAUUUUAUCUGGGAUCGCGGAUCCAUGACCGCAAUCAACAUGAUGAGGGAAGGUCGACUCAAGCAGUACACAGACAUCAUGCUCAGCUGCCUCAAGCCAGAUGGCCGUUAUUUUCUUGAGUUCUUUGCUCCUGAGUCUCCAGAGAAUACGCCGACGCAAUUCAAGUUUCUUUCCGAGAAGAGUAUAACUGAGAAUUUUGGCGAAAGGUGCACCAUUCGAUACUUUGGGAAACAAGAUAUGCCGGCAUGGUCGGGGUCUGCAGACGAAGGAGCUGUGGAACAGGAACCGGGUCCAAACAAUCAAGAUAUGAAGAUAGUGAUGCAUUAUUAUUUGAUGGAUUUCAAGUAACAUUCCUUUCGAUUUAAAUUUCCUCUUCUGGGUUUCUCAGUGGAGUAACAACCUUUGUAAUUUAGGAAAUUUUCUCAUUGUAAGAUGGCGUGACUGCUGCCUUGUUUAAUUCAACUAUUAUCAUGCCUGAAACCAAGCUUUGCAUAUAUUACUUUUCUCUCACGGCACUUGCAUGGUUAGAUCUUUGCCUUUCACCCUUUGCGAUGUAACUUGAGUAUUUAAGUUCCCUUAACCUUAAUGUGGAGUAUACCAUAGUACUAACGCAGUUAUGUAGCAUUUUGAUUCAUUAAUGAGCUGCUAAAAGUACUUACUUAGUUUAGCGUUGUUAAGUUUACAUAAAAUAGACAUAAACGUCAUGAAUAAACAUAUUUUAAACCACAGCGUGAAAUAAGCGUUGAGAACAUGCCAUGCUAUCACGGUAACACCGAUGUUGGAACGUGCAGUCUAAUCUAUACUAACGUGAAUUGUUUAGGACGAUUAAAAAAAAAUUAAUUAAAGAAAUAACAGUAGUAAGUAUGGAGGGAACAGAGCUCUUAACAUAAAGA